CCCGGAUUCGGGACUAGAGAUCCGAACUUGCAUAUUUGGCCAUGCUCGCACUUGUCUGCUACCAGCCAAUGACCUCAUCCGUCGCACUUCCUCCUCCGUCCUACUCAAUCCGCUCUCUUCCUCCGCCACCACCUCCUCCGCUCUCGGCCUCCGCAUGGCUCGAAACCCUCCGCUCCCAUGCCCGUGCCAACUCCUUCCACUCCGCCCUCGCCACUUAUGUCGACAUGACCUCCGCCGGUGUCCCUCCAGACCACUUUGCCUUCCCCGCCGCCAUCAAGGCUGCCGCUGGCAUCCCCGACGCCUCCGUCGGCCGUCAACUCCACGCCGCCUCCGUCAAGCGCGGUUACCACACAUCCCCCGUCACCGUCGCCAACACUCUCGUCAACAUGUACGCUCGCUGCGGCGACCUUGACAGCGCCCUUCAGGUAUUCGAUCGUAUACCGGAACGGGAUGAAGUGUCUUGGAACUCCACCAUCGCUGCACUAUGCUUGUUUGAGCUUUGGGAGCUCGCGCUCGAGGCCUUCCGGUCCAUUCAGGAGGAGGAAUCCAUGCUCCUGAGCUCCUUCGCUCUGGUCAGCGCUGCCCUUGCCUGCUCCAACCUUGACCAGGGCAUCGGAAUAAGGCUCGGUAAGCAACUCCAUGGCUACGCCUUGCGCAAUCAAUCCUUUUACAGCGGGAAAAGAUUCGCCUUCAAUGCGCUUCUAGCAAUGUAUGCAAAGCUGGGAAGAGUGGACGACGCAGUUGCCCUCUUCGAGAGAUUCGACGAUCGAGACAUUGUCACUUGGAACACCAUGAUCAGCUCUCUCACACAAAAUGAUCGAUUCUCGGAAGCGAUUGCGGUCCUGCACGAGAUGGUGCUCGCCGGAAUUAAACCCGAUGGAGUCACAUUGUCCAGUGCCCUCCCUUCUUGUUCCUUCAUGGAGAUGUUGAACGCCGGUAAGGAGAUCCAUGCCUACGCCUUUAGGAACAGCGGGCUGUUCCUGAACACCUUCGUCGCCAGUGCUUUGGUCGAUAUGUAUUGCAACUUUGGAUUGGUCGAGAGGGCUCGUGCGGUGUUCGAUAAAAUACCCGAGAGAAGGCUUGGCCUUUGGAAUGCCAUGAUAUCUGGCUAUGCUCAGAAUAUGCUCGAUGAUGAAGCGUUGAAACUCUUCAUCGACAUGGAGACCGCAGGGUUGGUUCCCAACGAGACUACUCUGGCAAGUAUCCUGCCUGCCUGUGUGCGGUCCGAAGCUUUCCCCAACAAAGAAGAUAUACACAGCUAUGUGAUAAAGCGGGGGAUGGAAGGAGACAAAUUUGUGCAGAAUGCACUUAUGGAUAUGUACUCAAGGGUGGGGAAGAUUGACAUAUCACAAAAGAUCUUCGCUGCAAUGGAGGACCGAGAUGUGGUAUCUUGGAACACUCUGAUCACUGGCUGCAUUAUCUGUGGGUGUUAUUCUCAGGCAUUUCGUUUAGUGAACCAGAUGCAGAAGAAUGGAAACUUCAUUGAAGGAAUUGAUAAAGAAUCACUGCAUUAUAAGCCAAAUUACAUCACCCUCAUGACCCUGCUGCCUGCUUGCGGGUCUCUUGCGGCACUAGGAAAAGGGGAGGAGAUUCAUGGCUAUGCUAUUCGCCAGGGAUUAGAUUCAGAUAUUGCGGUAGGCAGCGCAUUGGUGGACAUGUAUGCAAAAUGUGGUUCCUUAAACUUCGCAAGAUUGGUGUUCGAUAGAAUGCCUAAGCGGAAUGUGGUUACUUGGAAUGUUCUCAUUAUGGCAUAUGGGAUGCAUGGGCAAGGAGAGGAAGCAAUUGGUCUUUUUGAGCUAAUGAUAGCUAAAGGUGAAGCGAAGCCAAGCUCGGUCACAAUUAUUGCAGCUCUGGCAGCUUGUAGCCAUUCAGGGAUGGUCAGUCGAGGCAUGAAGCUAUUUCACACGAUAAAAGAGUGUGGAGUUGAAGCAAAUGCUGAUCAUUAUGCUUGUGUAGUCGAUCUUCUUGGUCGAGCAGGGGAACUUGAUGAAGCAUAUCAACUCAUUGUUUCAAUGGAUAACGAAUUGGACAAGGCAGGAGCUUGGAGUAGUUUGUUAGGUGCUUGUAGAAUUCAUCUAAAUACUGAGCUAGGAGAAGUUGCAGCGAAGCAUCUGUUCGAGCUAGAGCCCGAGGACUCAAGCCACUAUGUGCUUCUUUCCAACAUAUACGCUGCAUGUGGGCAAUUUGACAAAGCAAUGGAGGUCCGAAAGAACAUGAAGCUGAAAGGUGUAAGAAAGGAAACAGGUUGUAGUUGGAUCGAGGUGGGAGAUGAUGUCCACCGCUUCACGGCUGGGGACUCUUCACAUAAGCAAAGUGCAGAAAUAUAUUCAUACCUCGAAAGUUUAUGGGAUAGAAUGAAGAAAGAAGGUUAUGUUCCUGAUUUGUCCUGUGUUCUCCACGAUGUGGAGGAACAUGAGAAGGAGGUGCUUCUUUGUGGGCAUAGUGAGAAGUUGGCCAUAUCAUUUGGCAUACUGAAUACUCCCCCUGGCUCGACCAUUCGGGUGGCAAAAAACCUGAGAGUUUGCAAUGACUGUCAUGAAUCAUCCAAAUUUAUUUCGAAAUUAGUUGGCAGGCAAAUCAUCCUGAGAGAUACAAGGAGGUUUCAUCACUUCAAGGAUGGAUCUUGUUCUUGUGGUGAUUAUUGGUGAAAGUUACUAAGGUAAAAAUGGUCAUCAAUGUAAACUAAAAAAAAUGGUAAAAAAUUGAGCAAUAUUUGGAUGCUUAUUUUAAGGGUAAAAAUUAAAGGCAGUCUCUUUAUUAUUGAAUCCUCAAAGGAGAUUAUAAAUUAAUUUUUUAUUGAAAGACA